CAUGCAGGCUGUGGAUUACUAUCUAAAGGCAAUGAGAUCACUUAGCAGAUGGGAAAAACAUUCAGCUGUUUGGGAUUCUGUGAAAUGGGAAUUGUCAACAACCUAUUUUACAAUGGCAACCCUGGAACAAGAUUAUGCUCCAUUAUCAAGAAAAGCUCAAGAACAGAUUGAGAGAGAAGUUGCUGAUUCUAUGAUGAAGUCUCUGAAGUACUGUGAUAUACGUACAGAAUCUGCAAGACAACCCUUGUGUCAGUAUCGGGCUGCAACAAUUCAUCAUAGACUUGCCUCCAUGUAUCAUAAUUCUCUUAGAAACCAGGUUGGUGAUGACCAUUUUCGUAAGCAGCAUCGCAGCUUGGCGGAUCUCCAUUACAACAAGGCUGUGAAAUUGUUUCAGUUGCUGAAAGAUGCACCUUGUGAACUGCUGCGUGUUCAGUUAGAACGGGUUGCAUUUUCAGAAUUUCAGAUGGCAAAUCAAAAUAGCAAUGUUUCAAAACUGAAGACUCUUUCAGGAGCACUGGAUAUAAUCAUCAACUCAGAAUAUCCAUUUCUGCUUAUCCAGAGUGAACUUUCCACUGUCCAAGCACUGCAAGGAAAUUGUCAAGCAUGCCAUGAUGGAAAAAUGCCUGAAAAUGAUUCCUCCAGCUUGAACGAAGAAGAGAUCAUAAAUCUUGUCAACAUGUUUGAAGCUCGACUUUCUUUCCUGUUGUUUCAACUUAUCAAACUACUGACCUCAAAAAAGAAAAGCAGCAGCGUUGGUGAUGAUCGAAUACUGUUGAAAAACUACAAGCAUGCUUAUUCAACAUUAUUGCGGGCAACAGCUGAUAAGGACACUCCUUUAAUACAGAGAGUGGAAUUGAUACUGAGUUUAUUGAAACAUUUAUCAUCCAGAUCAGCAGUUGAUGAGACUGGAUCUGUGUGAUUAUCAGGUGUUCUCCCAUUGUUGUACUCAAAACAUCAUUAUAAAAUCUGAAUUUUGUUUUGCUAUGAUCGUCUUUGAAUGGUGACAGUUUAAGUAACCUGCCAAAAGGUAAAUGAGCAAACUUCAAAAAGCAUUUAUGAUCUACGGAUACAUAAAUCUUAAAUCAUUGGAGUUAUCAGUGUGGACAGUACUUCAACAAAUAAUUAGUACCAAUUAAAAGCUGCCUUUGAAGCAAUAAUUUAAUUUACCCAUGAAUGUCAUAUUGACACAAAGGCAAGAAAUUCCCAGAUUCAGACCCUAUUAAGCCAGUUCCAGCCACACUGGCAGUAAAGCUGCUGCUAGUAGCCAUAUUAUCCCUGAGCUGAGGAGGAGGAAAAGCAUUCAUUGUCCCUGCUUUCUAUAGCUUUUCAGUUACCCUUAUCAGAAAUGAAAUAAAUGUGAUGUCUGGUAAAGGCAGUGGUGCUUCAGAUUUGAAUAGUUUCUUGAAAAAUUCUACCUCAGCUUGAGGAAUGGCUACUUGAUGAUGAACUGAGGAGACCUGUCUGCCAGCAUGGGUCACUGCCAUCAAGAGAAAGAGAAAAUUGCUAACCAGCAUAAGCUUUGGUUUAUGUUGAAAUGAAGUUAUAAUUUAAAUAUUGUGAAUUACAAUAUGUAUGCACCUUGCAUUCAAAGGUUUGUCAGUGAGUUUCUACAUGAAGUAAUUGCACAGAAACUGACAAAAUGAAUGACGCUCUUCAGAUUAUGAUUAAUUACUGGAAAAAGAUACAUUAAUGGAUUUUUUAAUGUCCUUAACUUGCAAAACUAUCACAAGUUGGUACAAGUGGCGAGUUGCAUUUUAGUUGCUUUUUAAACAGAAUAUUCAUAUUAAUAGGUGAGCCAGUUUUUUUCUCAAUGAUAAUGGAUGAAUAGUAAAGAUUUAUUUGUUUUUAAACCCAUUUGUCUAUGGGAAAAGUGGAAAUCCGUACUGUGGGGCUAGUUUCAAAGAAAAAAAGUGAACUACAAUUUUUAAAGAUCUACAGCUGUGACCAGUUGAUAGAUAUCAGGAUGAUUCUUUACAAUUCUUCUUCAAAUGUGGGAAUUGCUGGAAAAACCAUAAUUUAUUGCCUGUUGCUACUUAUUAAUAAGGUAAUAGUGUGGCAUACUGCAGUUGGUGUGAUGAAAUUGCUCCCACAAUAAGAAGGACAUUUUUGAUCUAGCAACAGUGAAGGAAUGGGAAUAUCUAUAACUUUAUAUAAAGAAAACUUGGGAGUUGAUAGUUCUGUGCACCUGAUGUCUUUGUCUUGCUAAUUGGAGGUCAUCAGCUUUCUUGGCAAGUUCCUGCAAAGAAUUAUAUAGAUAGUACAUCCUGAAUGCUGGAAUUGGAGGUGAGUGCACAUUUGAUAUAGCGGAUGAAUUGCUGAUCAUGUGGAAUUUGAUGUAUGACAUUAAAUCCUCAACUGUUGCAGCUAUAUCUAUGUAGGCAAUUCGACAAUGAAUUGUAUCAUCUAGUCCUGAGGGGGGUUUGGAGAGUCAGGAGGUAAAUCAUUCAUUGUAGAAUACCCAGCUUCUGACCGGCUUGAGAUGUUAAUAUAGAUUGUCCAAUUGAGUUUUUGGUUCAGAAUGAUUCCCAGGAUGUUGAUAGUGAAGAACUUGACUACGUUAAUGUCAUUCAGUGUCAUGAGAUAGUGAGGCACACCACGUCUUUGAAAUUGCCAUUGGUAUUUUUGUGGCAUGAAUAUUACUUGCCUCUUAUCAGCCCAAGCCUGAAUGUUUUGUGACAUGUCGGCACAGGUUUUUUUUUUUAUUGACACUCGGAGGAUGUAAGGCAGGAAUUAUGCAGAUAUUUAGGUGCACAUUUUUCAUUUUGAUCAUUACUACUGAUAGCUUUGUGAAAUAAACAUCCAAGGAGUACACUAAAUUUGAAAAUACUUAAUUAUUUAACUUCUAUUGCUGUUGCAAAUGAUUGGGUGAAAAGAAAAGGUGUUACACAUGAUAACGUGCACUCGGAAGGAUAAAUGUCUACAGUUACACAAGCAGAUUGCGUUUUAAUAAAGAAAAUUCAAUAAAUGUCUGCUUUUCAUGAUGUACAGUUUGUAUAUUACAUAAUGGCAUUGCAGGAUUUUUGCUAACAAUAUGUAAAGUUUGUAACUAUAAUUGUGUAUAUACUUUUAAAAAUGUGUGCAGUGUUCUCCAGGUAAAUUGGAAUGCAACUUUUUUUUUUAUAAAAUCAGGGUUCAGUUUAGAGAUUACUUCAUGUACCGUCAAUUUAAUAAGUGUGAAGAAUGGAAAAUAUGGAAGCAUGUGCAGAAUCUGGGACUAGUGUGUCUGUGUGCUAACUAGUACCAAAUGAACAAUCUGAUAGUUUUUUGUUUAGGUCAGAUUUUAUUCCCUUGUUUUUCUAUGAAGUUUCCAGUGUGUUUUGGGCUGAAUUAGAGAAUGUUAUUCAGUGAAAACAGCUGUUUAUGAAUCCAUCUCAGAAUCUGUCAGCUUUUUUUUUAAAGAAAGAUGAAAGACAGACAACUAGCUUUCAUGGGAUAACACAAGCCAUAUUAGGAAUGUUGUAAGUUAAAUGAAGUUGAUUGUAUUAUUUAUAGUUUACUGCAAAAGUGUUACAAGAUCUGAAUUUUUUUGUAACUUUUAUAAUUUUUCACCUUUCCUGUUCAAUAAGGACAGGUAUCUAUAUACGAGGGCUCUGCAGAGUUUGUUCAGAAAUACAAUACAUUUUGUUGGAAGAAUAUGUUUUUCCUGCUCCAAUAGACACAAGCUAAUACCAUGUGACAUUUUUAAACAAAAUAUACUAAUAAAAUAUGAAAGCAA